AUCUAAUGGAAGUGGUACCUCAAGGUUAGUGUCUCCCGCUUUAAACAUAUUUCAUCAGUUAGCUUCAUUACUAAGCAAUAAACAUAAAUUUUAAGCCAUAAAUGCACUUCUUUCUGUGAUAAUUUUCUCACUGAAUCACAUCAAAUUCAUUUUGACUAGCAAAGAAAGAACAAAAAAUAAAUAUUAACUUCAAAAGAAGUCAAGUAACAUUUUUUUGAGAAAAUAUGGUGUUUAUUUAGGCGAAAUCGCAACUGAAAUUGCCUUUUUUCACUCAUAAUAGACGAGUCUAAGCUCCCAAAUUUGUGAUGUUUUUCAGGGAUUUCCAUAGUUCCGGUAAAAUUUUGGGGUUUUGUGACAUUGCACUUUAAUUUCCGAAAAGUAUACUAUAGCAGUUUCUCAAAAAUGUGCCAAAUUUGGUGAGACUCUAAUUUACGGACGAGCCAAUCAGAAGCGUUUGAGCAAUUUCAAUUAUUAGACAAUCAGAAGACAAUAUAAAGUAAAAAUUUAUUACAAGAAAGUAAUGAAUUACAGAUAUUCUUCUUUUACCUGAUCUAAAAACUUGUUAAGGUUUGAUAAAGGCUCGGAAGUUCUGAAUUCAUAAUGCAUAUGGUAUAUAAACUCGUCCAUAGUGUUAGGGGCAAGGGUUAGGGCUAGGUUUUAGAUUAUGGUUAAGGCUAGGGUUAGGUUAGAGUUAAGGUUAGGGUUAGGUUAAGUUUAGGGUUAGGUUUAAGGUUAGGGGUUAGGGCGCUAAUAUGCGAUCGGUUUACAUCGGAUUUUAUAGAAGGGGUGUUUAUUGAGAUGCUACAACCCUAACCUAAACCCUAAUCUUAUAGACGAGUUUCUAUUACAUACGCAAUGUGAAUUCAGAACCUCUGAACCUUUAUGAAACCUUAACAAGUUUUUAAAUCAUGUAAAAGAAGAAUAUCCACUGUAAUUCAUUACUUACCAUAUAUUUUCACUUUGUAGUUACUGUCUCCUGAUUGGCUAAUAAUUGUCAAGGUCAUUUGAGAUUCGUUCAAAGGUCGUCCUUAAGUUAUAGUCUCGCCAUUACAGAUGUUCAGAUGAUACUCACUGAAAAGACCUCUGGAUUUCCACAACAAUUGCAUUUUCCCCUAUUAUAAUCUAAAACCACACCUCUUUUCACGAACUUCACAUCUUCAAAAAUCCAGUCAUCUACUACUUUUUCUGAAGAUACUUGUUCACAGCAAGUUUCUCUGCUAGAGAAUGAUGGUAAAUCAGUUGAUGAGGUUGUGAUUUCUCGCCGACUGAGAUGGUUGGGCCACAUGUUACGUAUGCCUGAACACCGAUUACCAUGACGCGCAAUGCUGACUAGUGUUGGAGACGAAUGGAAGAAAGUUAGGGGCGGCCAAACCAGAACGUAGUAUCUGUCCUUGAUGUCGCUAACUUCAAGUUUGAGCGAUGUUACUAAAUACAGACUACUUGGUUAGGGUCUGCGUGAGUGUCAUAACCGAUGGUUUUAGUUUGUAGGUGUAUUCAUUCUUUGUCUUCCCUUAAACCAUUGGAUUAAAAUUCCUUUAUACCUUUAAUUCUACGAACUAAUUCUUUCUUCUUGUAUUAUAUCCUUAUACACAAUCUUUCUUUUAUAUAUGACUACCAUUAAAUUAACUACUCUUAAUAAUUUGGUGUCCACACUGUUGUGCUGUGUAGCAACUUGUAUCGAUGUAUAUAUGUGCCUGGUCCUAUGUUGUGGCUGAUUGACUGACUUGUGACCUGUUAUGAUUAUUAACAUGCUUCUCAUAUACUAUAACUUCUCACUAUGGCACGCGCAUAUAUUAGAUUCAUAGUGGAGCAUAAACAUGUCAUUGUGUUUCAUUUUUUAGACCUUGGUAUGUAGCGUAUUAUAAAUGGUCUAUUGGAAAGUUGUAUAUAUCGAAAGAACAAAUGGAGUUGGUUUUACUUAUAUUUAUAUAGCUUAUGUAUAAUAGGCUACAAAAAGCCUUAACUAAAGCGCCAUUCAAUUGUGUGAAAAGAUAGAAUUGAUGAGGAAUUAACUGUGGUUGGACGUUGUUUACGUGAGUAUGGUUACCCUCAGAAAUUUAUAGACUAAUAUGAGAAGACUAAAGCGAAGAAAGUGGAAUAUGUUAUGGUGAAAAGGAAGCCUUUAUUUUUAGGACUUGGCUUCAAGGGUGAUGAAAUAGUUAAAAAAACUGGUUUUCGAUCGAAAACCAUAAUAAAAAGGACCUUUUCAGCUGCCAAGCUUAUCUCUCUAUAUCAGAAAAAUCGCUCAUUAAGAUGAUCAUGUAUUGGCGGAUUUCCACCAUAUGUUACCUCCGGUUGUAUCUCUCAGUUUACAUGUACGUGCCAAAGCACAUGCAUCGGAAGGGUAUAAAGGAGGACUACUGUCUGUAUUGCUGAGGACACUCCACAGAAGCUCAGUUUAAGAGAACAGAAGUGUAACCGCACUCCAUCUGCUUUUGCGUGGCUAUGAUAUCUCAAAUUCCUUCCAGAUAAAUAAUACAUUAAGAACUCAAAUUUACGAUUUGUCAAAUCAAUUGCCAUAAAAUGACAAACCAAAUUUAUGUUUCCAGAAAUGUUCAAUCGUUAAUCAUUCCGUACCGUAGUGAACUCAUUCAUAAAUAAUUGUUAUGCAAUUUUUCUUUUCGUGGCAUUAACUAUUCCUUCUCACUUUUUUAUCUGUACUAUUAAUUUUUAAGGAUUUCACAACUAUAACAUUAACAUAUUCUUAAAUACUUUUGUUUCUAUGUUCUUGGCCAUAUAUAUAUCCUAUGAAUACUCACAUUAAUUAACAUAUGAACAUCUCUUAUCGGUCUUUCAUACUUAUUACUCUUCUCAUCAAUCUUCAUUCAUGAGAACACUUGAUGUUAUGAUAUAAAGUAUAUGUACUAAUGUUUUUAAAGAUUGAUACUAUUAUGUAUAGGUUGUAACCAGCUGAUGGUAAACCGCGAAGUAUAACGAGUUCAUGUUACUCUACUACACUAAUUGUUCUUAGUUUAGUCAUAUAUACAAAUGAAAAAAAGUGGCGAGGUUAAAAUUUAUGGGCAAACCAUUCAGAUAUAAGAUAAGGAGUCAUGAAUUUUGGCGCUAAAUUCAUCCACACAUUUGGCUAAAUUGAGUUUUGGCAUUAUAGCUCAUGUCAAUUCGUGAUGAAAACCCUAAAUCUAAUUUUUAACCCUGACCAUCAACUGUAAAUGAAAAUUCUAACUGCUUUAUAACUCGCAUUUAGUCCAAAUCAGUGUGUGUUCACUCUCAGGGUUAUUUCAGCGUCGCUCAAAUGUCGUUCAUAAAUUAUAGUCUCACCAAAGAAGUUGUAUGAAACUGAAAUACCACCAAUGAUUUUAUUAAAUUAUUUGUGAUAUAUUCUUUUCGAUUUCUCAUUUUUCAACAUUUCUUAGUAUUAGAAUGCUAUUAAGGUAAUCUCACCUGAUGUUGUUCGAAUCUUAUAGAUUAAUAAACAUUUAAAUGUGCACUAUCAUAUAAAAAAGCCGGUAAUACAAAUUUCGUACUGUUUAUUUAUUUAUUUAAACACAUUAACAUUGGUACAAGGAGGCACCAAAUAGAUAUGCGCCACAUCAGUCACUUGGUUUGUGUGAGGACUGGGAUACUCCUCGGGUGCCUAGACCGAAGCAGGUGGUUUUCUUAGGAGGCCACACCCCGAGCCUUUGACCUAAAGGUCUGACCCACAAGGCAAUGGAGCAUCGUGAGGAGAUGCAGUCCCAUGGUAGUCGGUGACCAGCGAUUAGUUCAUACGCCAUUUGUUCCAUCAGGAUACUGGAGUCCAUGUGCACCAUUUGUUUGGAAUCCGGUUAAAACGCCGGACAUUCGCUUUUCGUCCUCUCGAUUUCGUAAAUAACAGUAAUGCCACGAGAAGGCAGUGAGUAGGACUUCCCUGGCAGAGGCUAUAUACGCGUGGCCAUGUGAGAGCAUUUCGAGAGGGAGGGUAGGCCCACCCCACUCACGGUCAUACCAGGGCAUUUGGUGGCCCCUUUACAUCUAUAUUAUUAACCAAAACGAUUGUUUGCAACUUCGUUUAAUAAUCACUACUUGUUUUGUGAUACUCGAGUACCGAUCGAUAAAAGUAUUGAUGUGUAUCAGUUCAAAUUUUUACAGAGAGAGAAUGUUAACAAAGAAAACUUGGGUAAAUGUAGAACCGGAACUUUUGGAAUUGAGACUUCAAUAUAGUGUGUCUGUUCGCCCCAGUGCAACUGCUUUGUCACAUACUAACUGAAGUUUAGAACUAUCGAUUAAUGUUGUUUUGUGGAUGCUUGAACGUCUUUGCAAGAGUCUCUCUAACAAUCUUUAAAAUUUACUAGACAGUGAUUAGUUGGUUACUGAUCAUCGAAGAAAGAUAUCCCACAUUUUCACCGUGGAGACUAAAUUUGACAGUUAUAAACCAUUGUUCAGUUAAUAGAAUCUAUCUUAAAGUUACACUCUCAGUUUUUGCUUGAUAUCAGUUCACGUUUAUAUAGAUAAAGAAGCAUAUAAUUUAAAUGGUUUUCUAAAUAAUAAUUUUAUAGAUGUUAAGUAAGCGGUUGAUUGAAAAUGUCCUGCGUUGCCAAUAUCGGAAAAGUUUGCCUACAAGAGGAAUGCAAUGCUAUUCCGGAGAACCUGGUUCAUGUUCAUCAACUGGCGCUCUUCACUGUAGACCUUUAACAACUCCUCUAGGAGUGAUCAAAAUUACUUGUGUUGUAAUAUCCUCAAUUUUCGCUGGUGCAUGGAUAAGUAGAAAUGGAGCAGAAUUUCUUGAGGAAAAUGAAAUUUUUGUUCCGGAAGAUGAUUAGAAACCAGUAUAUGUUAAUAGUCUAUUCUGUGAUUAGUAGUUUAUUCGACUAGAUUGUAUAAACUUAACCUAUUAUUAUUUGCUUUAUCUUUUAGGCUUGUUUCUGUUAUUCAUUGUUAACAGUAAAUUACGCCGGUAUAUGAUGGCCAUAUCAUAACGCGUACAUUUAAAUUGUUUAUUAGUAUGUUAAAUGAUGAGAAAAUAUAAUGUAAUUCAUUAACU